CAAUCACUUUCUUCUUCGUCAGCCUCCCUUCCACCGCCAUAUUGGGCAACUAAAAAAAGGGGGCUCGUCUUUUCGGGGUGUUUUUCUCCCCUUCCCCUCUCCCUACUUUCUCGCCGCUCCGCGACUCUGACGCCGGCAAGGUUUGGAGAGCCGCUCGGUUCGCAGGACCCGCGGGCUUGCACCAGCCUGGACUUGGACUGGCUUUGCCACCCCCGCCUCUUGCCUCUCCCCUCCCCUCCCCGCCCUCCCGCUCGCCUGUACACUUGAUCUGUGGAGACUUUGGGCCGCCUGGCCCGGGCUUCCCCUCACCCCUCCCCAGACCCAGCGCGCUCCUGACGCUCGCCAGUUACUUGUCGGGGUUUGUUUUUCUUGGCUCCAGGGCAGUCGCAGGGCUUAUAAGAGGGGUACGGGCUGGGUCGGGGCGUUUUGUUUUGUUCGGUUUUGUUUUCCGAGAGCGCGCGAGAGGCAGUUGUAAAGACCCGAGAGGAAGAUGUCAAACGUGCGAGUGUCUAACGGGAGUCCGAGCUUGGAGCGGAUGGACGCCAGACAGGCGGAGUACCCCAAGCCCUCCGCCUGCAGAAACCUCUUCGGCCCCGUGAAUCACGAAGAGUUAACCCGGGACUUGGAGAAGCACUGCCGAGACAUGGAAGAGGCAAGCCAGCGCAAGUGGAAUUUUGAUUUUCAGAAUCACAAGCCCCUGGAGGGCAAAUACGAGUGGCAGGAGGUGGAAAAGAGUAGCUUGCCCGAGUUCUACUACAGACCCCCGCGGCCACCCAAAGGCGCCUGCAAGGUGCCCGCGCAGGAGAGCCAGGAUGUCAGCGGGAACCGCCAGGCGGUGCCUUUAAUUGGGUCUCAGGCAAACUCAGAGGACACGCACUUGGUAGACCAAAAAACUGAUGCAUCGGACAGCCAGACGGGCUUAGCCGAGCCGUGCACUGGGAUAAGGAAGCGACCUGCAACAGACGAUGCCUCUCCUCAAAACAAAAGAGCCAACAGAACAGAAGAAAAUGUGUCAGAUGCUUCCCCAAACGCAGGUUCGGUGGAGCAGACGCCCAAGAAGCCGGGCCUCAGAAGACGUCAAACGUAAACUGCUCGAAAUGAGAGUAUGUUUCCUUGUUUAUCAGAUACAUCAUGGCUUGAUGAAGCAAGGAAGAUAUGAAUUAAAAAUUUUGAAUAUGUAUCACCAACUCCAUGCAACGGAAGUCCAGUAUAAGCACUGAAAAGGAACAACACAAUAACACUAAAAUUUUAGGCACUCUUAAAUGAUCUGCCUCUAAAAGCAUUGGAUGUAGCAUUGUGCAAUUAGGUUUUUCCUUAUUUGCUUCAUUGUACUACCUGUGUGUAAAUAGUUUUUACCUUCUAUGUAGCACAUAAACUUUGGGGGAAGGGAGGGUAGGGUGGGGCUGAGGAAUUGGCAUGGGAGCUUGCUUUAAUUUAGAGCAAGGAGAAAAAUAUUUGACUUGCACGAAAAGAAGCAGUUCUUGGGGAGGGUUUGAAUUGUAUUCUUUAAAGAUGUAAUGUCCCUUUCAGUGAGAACUGAUACUUCAUUUUAAUCAUCCAAAUUUGAACGGUGGCUACAAAUAAUUGCUAUUUAUUUUUACACAAAGCUUUCUCAUUUGGGAGCUCUGAUCAUUCCAUUAUGUAGCAGCAGAUGGCUUUUAAAAAAAAACAAAACUAUCCUACUUAGUGCUCCCCCCAAACCCCUAAAAACUGAAAUUUACCAGUUAAUUAUUCAGCAGUUAGGGAAUCGCUCUAGGUAAUUCUGGGCAAAAAUCUGGGGUGUAUGGGGGUAGUUCUGAAUGCUCAGAAUCAACCAUCUAAUUUUUAUCAGAUUUGUUGAGAAAACUUCUGAAUUUUCUUUUCAUUUUGGGCUGUGUAGACAGUCAAAAUAAUUCUAAAUCCUUGGGUAUUUUUUAAAGAUCUCUAAUUUCACAUUAAUGAAAUGCUUUUAAAUUUAAGGCUUCUCAUUCUAGUUGUUAAUUUGUUAAACCAAAAGAAAGUGGUGUUUUUAAAGGAAAGUGUGUAUAGAAAAGACCACGUGGUAUAAGUGAAAUGGAUACUACAUCUUUAAACAGUAUUUUUACAUUGCCUGUGUAUUUGUAUGAAACAAAACCAUUUGAAGUGUACCUGUGUACAUAACUCUGUAAAGACACUGAAAAAUUAUACUAACUUAUUUAUGUUAAAAAGAUUUUUUUUUUUUUUAAUCUAGACAAUAUACAAGCCAAAGUGGCAUGUUUUGUGCAUUUGUAAAUGCUGUAUUGGGUAGAGUAGAUUUUCCCCUCUUCUGUUAAAUAAUAUGGCUAUGCUUAAAAGGUUGCAUACUGAGCCAAGUAUAAUUUUUUGUAAUGUGUGAAAAAGAUACCAAUUAUUGUUACACAUCAAGCAAUCAAUAAAGAAAACUUCCAUAGCUAUUCAUUGA